AUGACGACCGCCCAGCUGCAGCCCAGGGCGCUGCAGGAGCGCGGGGCGCUCACCCAGCGGCGCUCCAGGUCGCUACACAGCCAUGGGGCGGGAUGUCGGCGCCUGGUCGCACCCAGGAAGCUUGGCGUGCGCGUAGUCGCGACGGCAGCGGGGCGGGACGGCCAGGAGGAGCUGGUCCCCGCCCUGGAGAGCCCGCCUCAGCCAGGCGUGCCUGUGCUAUCUCGGCUUGUGGCAGGGCUUGCGCUGCUGCUGCCGCUGGCUGCCGCCAACCUGGGCCUGGCUCCUGGGGCGGCCUGGGCCAAGCCGCCCCCUCCGAGCAGCACCCCUGUUGCGCAACGCACCACACCUCCCGAAGUGAUUGAUGAGAGCACAGGCGCGGCGCAGUCGUGGCUGUACAGCCGUGGUCCCUGGAACCAGAGGCAGUACGGGACCAUCCACACGUUCUACACCGACCGGAGCAAAGUGAAGAAGGCACAUGCCCCAGUGGCGGCAGCCACCGCCUCGCCUGUCAAGGCAGAUGUGCAGGAGCAGGCAGCGCCCGCUGUGGCCGCUGCCCCUGCUGCUGCGCCUGCAACUCGCACGGGCGCAGCUGCAGCUUCGGCGCCGGCACCUGCAGUGGCAGCCGCGCAGGCAGCCCGAGCAGCCGCAGCAAAGGCAGCCGAGACGGCAAAUGCCGCCACGCAGGCGGCCGCCACCUAUGCCCGGGGCCUGGCCACUCGCGCCGACCAGCUGGGAGGACAGGUCUCCGAUGCGCUGGCAGCCACCAACCUGUCUGACCCCCAGACCCAGAAGUCGCUGGCUGUGUUCACCACGGCAAUGCUGGCCCUGCUGCUGUUUGCGGCCAGGCAGCGCAUUGCGGCUGGCGGCCAGCACGCCGACGCCGGCGACGAGGCCAGCGACGGCGAGGCCGGCAGCGACACGGACGCGGCGGCUGGCGGCGCUGGCUGGGCGGGCCUGACCCUGGAGGAGCGGCAGGCGGAGGCGGCGCGUCGCAUCACCGCCGCCAAGCAGCGCAUUGUUGAGGUGAAGCAGCAGCAGGACCAGCAGGCCAAGGCCGCUGAGCUGGCGGCGCUGGUGGCAGCCCAGGAGGCGGCCGCCAAGGCCGCCGCUGCGCAGUCCGCCCUGGAGGCGGCGGCAGCAGACCAGGACUCGCCCGCGGCGCUGGAGGUGGCCGAGGCGGCGGUUGCCGAGGCGGAGGCGGCAGCCCUGGUGGACAUGGAGGUGAUUGCAGAGGGCGGCAGCAUCGGCAAGCUGACCACCGAUGCGGCGGCGGCGAGGGUCAUUGCCGACCAGGGGGCGGCGGCCGCGGCGGCAGCAGAGCGGGAGCUGCAGCAGGUGCAGCAGCUGCUGGCGCAGCAGUGGGCAGCCGCCCCUGCAGCCAGUGACGACGCGGCGGCGCUGCCAGGCAAGAUGACGGCCGAUGCCUCGGUGGCGGCUGCCGCGGCGCUGCCUGGCAAGAUGACUGCUGAUGCAUCUGCAGCUGCAGCCAUGGCUGCGCCCUCGCUGGAGCGCCCAGGCGGGCGCGGCAGGGACACGGCAGAGGCUGCCACAGCGCUGCCCAAAGCUGUGCCCGUGUCUCAGCCUUCGCUGGAGCGGCCGGGCGGGCGCGGCGGGCGGGAGGCCCUCGACGCCGCUUUGGCGCAGGAUGCUGCACCCCUGGUCGACCCAGCACUGGCACGCCCCGGGGGGCGUGGCCGCGAGACGCCUGCAGCCGCCUCCCCCGCUGCCAGCGCCAGCAGCGGCGGCGGCAAGCGGUGGGACCCGCUCAGCAUCCUGCUGGCGCCCGCCGCGCCGCUGCUGGCGGGCCUGUUUGGCGGUGCCGGGUCCACGGCGGCGCCGGGGCGCAACAAGUACGACAUGCUGCUGGAUGUGCUUUCCUCGGCGGCCGCGGCCCCCGAUGCAAGGGCCGACAGCCGGUACGACCCUGUGCGCUCGCUGCUGGCAGCCACGCCCUCCAGUGGCGUGCCGCGCUACGACUUUGCACGCAGCCUGCUGCGCGGCAUGGCCGGCGCGGACGGCGCCGGCGACAGCCCCUUUGACAUGGCACGCAGCCUGCUGCAGAGCAUGGAGCCCACCGGCGGCAGCAAGUUUGACCCGGUGUGGGGGCUGCUGAAGGAGGCCACGAUGCUGCAGGACCGCUACGACCCCGCCGCCGGCCUGCUGGCGGCGGCCAGCUCGCCCGACUGGCGCGGCCCCACCGGCGGCGCCCGCUACUGCAUGGUGGCGGCGGCGCUGGAUGCCGCCGCGGGCUGGGAGGCGCCCGCCGGGCGCAGCCCCUACUGCCCCACCGCGGCGCUGCUGGCAGCCGAGGCGCCUACCAAGGCCAGCGUGGGCAGCGGGCGCUGGGACCCGCUGGCCUGGAUCAUGGAUGGCUGGGCAGCGGGCAGCAGCGACUGGGACCCCGCCACCGACGGCGCGGGCGGCCGCAAGUUUGACCCCGCCAGGCAGGUGCUGCAGGCCGCGGCGCCCAGCCGCGCGCAGCGCUCCAAGUUUGACCCCAUGUCCCAGCUGCUGGCAGGCGAGUGGCUGGAGACCGACUACUCCUCAGAGUUCUCUGCCGCCGCCAACUCAGCUGCCAGCCGCAUCUUUGGCAGCGGCGCGCAGGAGCAGCAGCAGCGGCAGCCGGCGUCCUCGGUGGCCAGCCAGGCCGCCGACUGGAGCUGA